UCAUCGUCGACGUCGUUUCUCCUCUGUCUCUCUAUUUCCCGGAAAAUUUCUCAGAAACAAAAACCAAAUUUGCCUUUUUUUUUUUUUUUUUUCCUCGUCUGUCACAGUUUCUUCUUCCCAAUUUCCAAUUUGCAUUUAAGUUUUGCCCAAAUCCCUAGCUUUCUUACACACAUCCCUAUCCGUUAAAUUUCGUAGAGAUCGAAAUCGAAAUUAAUUGCAACAAGACGAAUCCUUUUUUCUUUUUAGUUUAUUUACAAAAACUAAACCCCAUAAAUGUUUUAUUUAAUUUAACUAUUUUGCUUUCUGUCUCUCUCCUCUGUUUCCUGUCUGCUACGGUCACGUUUAAAGAAAAAAAUCAGCAAACCCCAAUGGAUUCUUCUGUCUCUCCUCCUCUCUCUGUCACUCUCUCGCAUGCACGAGACCUCUCUUCUCCUUCGGUUUUUCUUUUGUUUUUUUUCCUCUCAUUCUCAUCCACUCUCAUAACGACAACAAAUUAAUCAUCAACUCUGUUUUCCGAUUUGAAAAAAAAAGCACCCAGAUUUCGAAUUUGGGGAAAGCAAUGGUCUUUCCAUUAACCAAAGCAUGAGACUUGAUACAGCAUUUUGGGAGUUGUGGAGACGAACGACGAUAUAAAGUUAGGGUUUUUCUCACAUGGGUUGCGGAGGAUCCAAAGUAGAUGAUCAACCACUUGUGAUUCUCUGUAGAGAGAGGAAAGAACUUAUCAAAGCUGCGUCUCAUCAUCGUUGUGCUUUAGCCGCUGCUCAUCUCUCUUACUUUCAAUCUCUCUGUGACGUUGGUGAAUCUAUUAAACGUUUCGUCGACGAAGAACUUGUCGUCGUUGGUACUUCUUCUUCUUCUACCCCUGAUUCUCCGGUUCUUACGCUUCCGUCUGACGAAGGGAAGUCUCAUAAACACAAGAUCUCGUCUUCUUCUACUUCGGUUUCGCAUUCGGUUAUUGAAGACGACGGAGAAGAAGAAGGAGAAGAUCAGCAUUUGCAUUUAUCAUCUGGAUCCGAGUUAGAUUCUGGAUCGGAAUCUGGAUCUGAUGGUUCAUUAGGUCAUAUCCACAUUGAAACUAGCCCUAAAGUGAAGGAGAAAGAAACACGCUUACCGGAAAAUUACCAGCCCGGUUAUCCGCCUGGUUUUACGCCGGGAUAUCAAUAUCAACCGGGUUACUCUGCUGGGUAUCAGUAUCCGGUUGAAGGAUGGGGAUUUAUGGGAGAGAAUCCGGAUUUAAACCCGUACCCGAACCCGAAUCCGGGAAUGUAUUUUAUGAAGAAGUCUGCGCCACCGUCACGACCGGUAGUGUUUCAGCCGGAGAAUCAUAGAGUGGAGAAUGGGCAAUGGUUACCGGAGAAUGGAUUUGGGUACUCUAGUUAUUUUCCCGGAAAUGCUAAUACUGGGUAUUUUGGUUACCCGGAGCAACGUAGAGAGCCACCGUCUCCGGUGAGACCGACUCCAGCGCCUCCGUCUCCGCCUAGGAUUUCAAGUUGGGAUUUUUUGAAUGUGUUUGAUACUUAUGAUUAUAUUAGAGUUGGUGGUGGUGAAAGUUCCGGUGCCGGAGUUGGGUUUUCUCCGGCCAUGGGUGGAGGUAAGUCAAAUUCAAGCAGUCCUGAUUCGAGGGAAGUGAGAGAGAGGGAAGGGAUUCCUGAGUUGGAAGAAGAAACAGAGCAAGAAGUUAUCAUUGGGCAAACAUUUAAACAUAUGAAGAGAAAAGGCAUUGAGAAGGUGAAAGAACAACACAGACCGGAGAAUGAGAUUCACGAGAGAAAGAUCAAGAAACGAGGAGAUUCAGGUGAAGGAACAUCAAGGGCAGUGCCUAUGGUAGAAAGGGCUACGGAGAGCUCUUUUGGUUCAAAGACUGUGUCUUCGUUUUCGAGUAGCGAAGAAGAAUCUGAGUUUCAUCAUGUUAAUGCCGGAGAAGGAAAGAGUAGCAGUAAUGAUUUAAGUGGGCAUGAGACAGUUGCCACUAAGAGUGUUGGAGAAGUAGAAGAAGAAUAUGUGAGGAAGAAAGGAGUGAGCUUUGAGUUGGAUGAAAAUGCAACUACUUCUUUUGAUGUUGAAUCUUCCAAAAUAAGUAGUCUGUCUGCAUUGUCGGUUCAUGCCACUAGAGAUCUCAGAGAAGUUGUGAAAGAGAUCAAGAGUGAGUUUGAGGUUGCUUCUUCACAUGGGAAGGAAGUGGCUGUGUUGCUUGAGGUUAGCAAGUUGCCUUAUCAACAGAAAAGCUCGGGGCUCAAAGUUAUCUUCUCCCGGAUCAUGUAUCUGGUAGCGCCAUCCACAGUGUCAUCGCGCUCUCAGCCUCAACCGUCAAUACGGUUAACAUCUAGGAUAUUGAAAAUUGCAAAAUCAUACAAUGGUCAGGAUAUCAGAGAAGGCUUAUCUGGAAACCUCUCUUCAACCUUGGAGCAACUGUAUGCCUGGGAAAAGAAACUGUAUAAAGAAGUCAAGGAUGAAGAGAAGCUUCGUGUUGUCUAUGAAGAAAAGUGCAGAACACUGAAAAAACUGGAUAGUCUUGGUGCGGAAUCUAGCAAGAUUGAUACUACUCGAGCAGCCAUUAGAAAGCUGCUAACCAAACUCGACGUCUGUAUAAGAUCUGUUGAUUCCAUUUCCAGCAGGAUACAUAAACUGAGAGACGAAGAAUUACAGCCGCAACUCACUCAAUUGAUUCAUGGGUUGAUAAGAAUGUGGAGAUCAAUGCUCAAGUGCCACCAGAAGCAGUUCCAGGCAAUUAUGGAGAGCAAGGUUCGAUCUCUCAGGGCAAACACCGGCUUACAAAGAGACUCUGGUCUGAAAGCUAUUCUUGAUCUGGAGAUGGAGCUACGAGAAUGGUGCAUUAGCUUCAACCAUUGGGUCAAUACUCAGAAAUUAUAUGUGGAGUCUCUAAAUGGAUGGCUCUCAAGAUGUCUUCACUAUGAACCUGAAUCAACAGAGGAUGGAAUUGCCCCAUUCUCUCCUAGUCGUGUUGGAGCUCCACAGGUUUUCGUUAUAUGCAAAGAUUGGCAAGAAGCAAUGGCGAGAAUCUCUGGAGAGAACGUUUCAAACGCUAUGCAAGGCUUUGCUUCGAGUCUACAUGAUUUAUGGGAGAGACAAGAUGAGGAGCAAAGGCAGAGAGUGAAAGCAGAGUAUGUCUCACAUGAUUUUGAGAAACGGUUGAAUGAUCUUCGGAUGGAGAGAGCAAGAGUGAGAAUGAGAAACGAUCAGCUACAAGACGGUGCAUCAGAGAGAAGCGUUGUCUUGUCUGAGAGCGGGAUCUCGGCGUUGGAUGAUUUGAAAGUGGAUUUGGACUCAAUGAGGAAGAAGCUAGAAGAAGAAAGAGCAAGACACAAGGAAACAAUUAAACUUGUGAACAAUGCAGCUUCGAGCAGCUUACAAGCUGGUUUAGUACCAAUAUUUGAAGCCUUGGGGAAUUUCACUUCACAAGUUGUAAAAGCUCAUGAAGAUGUUAGGUUUCAACAACAACAGCCUCAGUCUGAAGAUUGAUUUUGCACGAAUUAAAAAAGUUUUGGUAAUGAAAUUAGAUUCGGAUUUAGGAAAAAAUUGCUGUACAUAUUUUAGCAUUUAUAAUAUUCAUUGAUUGGUUGGCUACAUGUUUGUAGAUUUUUAGUCUUUUUCUAUUUAAGGUUCUCAGAUCUUUAAAUUAAA